AGGAGGAAGGCUCUCGGGCGCCUUGGACGUGGUUCAGGAAUCCGCCGCUACCGCCGCCGUGGGCCGGAGCCGGAGGGCUCGGGGCAGGACCACUCGCUCGCCCGCUUGCUGCGCGGAACGGCGCCCGCCUGGCGCCGCUUCCCGCCGGGCUUGCGGACCGGCCCUCGUUCGCAGCCCGCCGUCGCCCUCUGCGGGGAGGCGCAGGACCCCGGCGCUGCGGGCUCGGGGCCCCUCCGGCUGCGAUCUUCCGAGAGAACGGCGAAGGUGUGAGCGGAUGCUGCCCGCCCCGGACCGCAGCCACGGAGACACGGAUCCGCCCGCGCCAGAGGCGGCGGGACAGCCGCGGAUGAGGGUGUCCCCCACCUGAAGACCCAGAGCUGAGCAGCUGUGGCUCACUGGAAGCUCAUGGAGACGGUCCUGGCCUUGCCCCAGGAGCGCCGGGACUUCGUGCACAGCCUGAGGAUGAGGAGCAGAUAUGCCUUGUUUCUCGCAUUUGUGGUGGUGGUGUUUGUCUUCAUCGAGAAGGAGAAUAAGAUCAUAUCCAGGGUCUCGGACAAGCUGAGGCAGAUCCCGCAGGCCCUGGCAGAGGCCAACAGCACCAACCCGGAGCUGCUCUUGGCGGAAAACGCGUCCCUGGUGUCUUUGAGCGAGCUCGAUUCCGCCUUCUCACAGAUUCGGAGCCGCCUGCAUAACCUCAGCCUACAACUGGGUGUGGAGCAGGCUGGGGAGGCCGAGGCGCACGCUGACCAGGUGCCACUCCUGCCGGCUGGGGCGGGGCCGCGGCGCCACGUGCUGCUCAUGGCCACCACGCGCACGGGCUCGUCGUUCGUGGGCGAGUUCUUCAACCAGCAAGGCAAUAUCUUCUACCUCUUCGAGCCACUGUGGCACAUCGAGCGCACUGUGGCCUUCGAGCCUGGAGGUGCCAACGCGGCGGGCUCAGCACUCGUGUACCGCGACGUGCUCCAGCAGCUGUUCCUGUGCGACCUCUACGUGCUGGAGCCCUUCAUCACGCCUCUGCCAGAGGACCACAUGACUGACUCCAUGUUCCGCCGUGGCUCCAGCCGCUCGCUGUGCGAGGAACCUGUGUGCACGCCCUUGGUCAAGAAGGCCUUUGAGAAGUACCACUGCAAGAACCGCCGCUGCGGCCCGCUUAACGUGACCCUGGCCGCCGAGGCCUGCCGUCGCAAGCAGCACAUGGCCCUCAAGGCCGUGCGCAUCCGCCAGCUCGAGUUCCUGCAGCCGCUGGCGGAGGAUCCCAGGCUGGACCUGCGCGUCAUCCAGCUGGUGCGCGACCCACGGGCCGUGAUGGCCUCGCGUAUGGUGGCCUUCGCAGGCAAGUAUGAGACUUGGAAUAAGUGGUUAGCGGCGGGUCAGGACCAGCUGCACGAGGAGGAGGUGCAGCGGCUUCGGGGCAACUGUGAGAGCAUCCGCCUAUCGGCAGAGCUGGGCCUACAGCAGCCUGCGUGGCUGCGCGGCCGUUAUAUGCUUGUGCGCUACGAGGAUGUGGCGCGUAGCCCGCUGCAGAAGGCACGCGAGAUGUACCGCUUCGCCGGCAUCCCCCUGACGCCGCAGGUGGAGGACUGGAUCCAGAAGAACACACAGGUGGCGCACGGCAGCGGCAUCUACUCCACGCAGAGAAACUCCUCGGAGCAGUUCAACAAGUGGCGCUUCAGCAUGCCCUUUAAGCUGGCGCAGGUGGUGCAGACCGCCUGCGAACCCGCCAUGCGCCUCUUCGGCUACAAGCUGGCCCCUGAUGCCGCCGCGCUGGCCAACCGCUCCGUUAGCCUGCUGGAGGACCGGGGUACCUUCUGGGUCACGUAGGGAGGGGCGGCACCUGGGGCGCCAAAGACGCCUUCUGGUGGUAAGGCCCACCUUGCCUUUCUGCACAUACAGACCGAGGGUGAGCCGCAGCUCUGGCUCCAGGUGUGG